CGCAGUGACUCGACGUGGAUUGACCCUCGCUGUUGCUUCCUUCGGCCGCUCUCAAUCUCAGCGAUGUUCUCAGCGACCGAUUCUAUAAACGUUGCUUAGGGUUCAGGGGGGAAAAAGGGCCCUGUUGGAGAUGCAGAGCUCGUCUUCCUUAACCUCAGCAGACAAACACCCAUGCAUCUUCUCCGUAUAACAAUGAGCUUAAAGAGUCUCUUGCCAGCCCAUCUCUGGUCCUGCCUUCUGCUGGUGACUUGGACUGAGCCACUAACCACAGCAGCCAGUGGUUGCCUGCUGAUCACUGAGGUGAAUGCUGACAACCCCAAGGUGGACACAAGGGAGUUUGUUGAGUUGCAGCACAGUAGUGGUCAGAAGUUUAGUCUUGAUGGCUACACCUUAGUCUUUUACAAUGGAAAUGGCAACAUGGCCUACAAAGUACUGAAUCUCACAGGCUAUACUACUGAUGAGGAAGGCUUUUUCCUUGUGGGCUCCUCUGGGGUAGCGACAGAGCCAGACUACCAGUUGCCACAUAAUACUGUUCAAAAUGGGCCAGAUGGUAUUGCACUCUAUUAUGGUGAAGGACAGUAUUACACUGGCAUGACUGUUACAGCAGUGGGGCUGGUGGAUGCCAUAGUUUACAAAUCCCACCGUUCAGACACCGCUGAAGUCCUGCAAGCCACACUGACUCCAGGCAUUCCAGCUUUCUUGGAAGAUGAUUCUUUUAGGAUGGGAGAUGAAUCCAUUGAGCGGUGUUUGAUGUCUGGACGUGAGUGGACUUUUCAAGCAGGACCACCAUCGCCUCGCCAAAGGAACCCUUGUAUUAGUCAGGCAGAACUUCCAAUUGGAAUAAGCGAGGUUGGUUUUGGUGGAAACCAAGGGCCUUUUGUGGAGCUCCAUGUUCUUCCACAUUCCCCUGCCUCUUUGUCCCUGGUAUUUAUUGAUGGAACAACUGCUACAGUGAGCCUCAGUUUUGACAUCCAUGUGCUGAGUGUCACCAGGGGAAUGUUUCUUAUUGCCACAACAGAGAGUGGUAGCCCAGCAGAUCAGGUUUUAAACCCUGAUGCAGCAACCCUCCUCCAAAAGCAGGCUAGACUUGGAGGGGCCAUAGCUUUAUACUCGAAGGAUGCAGGACCCUUUCCCAUAGGAGCAUUGCUAAGCCAGGAAGAACUCUUAGAUGCCGUUGUUUACAAGGGGGAAAAUGAUUUAAGUCCAGAGCUUUCCAAAACUCUUCUUCAUGGGAGAGAGCCUUUCAACCUUAGCAGCAGGUCUGUAGAUGGCAGUGUCUCUCUGAGUCGCUGUGGAAUGGCCAACUGGACCCAAGACUCUGGCUUGUUUGUAGAAACGGUGCCCACUCCAGGUCAGAAUAACAGCUGCAGUGGAGUGGCACUUUGUCCAAAGACUGUGGCACCCUCCCCCACUCCUCCUAAAACCUAUGUGGAUUUUCUUCUGAAUGAGGUCAACACGGACAGCCCUGGCUCUGAGGAGGACUUGGAGUUCAUUGAGCUGUGGCACACCUCAGGAAAACGGGCAAGCCUGGAAAAUAUCUGGCUAUUGUUGUUUAAUGGCAAGGGCAAUAAGCCCUACAAGGAAAUUAGCUUGAUUGGUUACCAUACUGAUGAUGGGGGUUUCUUCCUCCUUGGAGGUGCCAAAGUGAUGCCUAAACCUCAAUAUAGUUUACCUCCCAAUACUGUGCAAAAUGGCCCUGAUGCCAUCGCCUUGUACCGCAGUCUCAAAGGUCCACCUUCCAGUCAGGAGAGCCAAAUUCCCACCGAAGGUUUGCUGGAUGCUGUGGUGUACCGCUCCCGCUAUUCUGAUGCUGGGGCUCAAGCCCUCCUGGAGGCCUUAACCCCUGGACAGAGUCACAUCCUUGAAGACCCGAGCUUUAGUGCUGAAGAUGAGUCCCUGAGCCGCUGCCACAAUACAUAUCCACGCAACUUGGACGCCUUUAAGGUAGCUGUGGUGUCACCCAUGAAACCAAAUAAGUGCAAUGCAAGUCCCAGUGUUCCUGCCACCCCGACACCUCUGCCCAGUGCCUCAUAUGUAAUCAGUGAAGUCAGCAGCUCCAACUGGACAAGUCAGACAUUCUUUGUGGAGCUGCAGGUUGAACCACUUAGUAGCCUGGAUGGGUUUGUCCUGGUCCUGUUUGAGAAGGAAGGUGCACAGGAGUUUGCUAGAGUACCUUUACAUGGCAAGGCCAAGGACACGGGUUAUUUCCUUAUUGGAAGUGAUGACGGCUCAGACCAGCAGUGGCCAGUAACAUUUGCUAGCCUCCCAUCCACCCUAUUGGCUGGGGUGGCAUUGAUUAACAACUCAUCUGUGCUGAACCUGACUGUUGUGGAUGCUGUGGUGUUUACCAAAAAUGAGGAGCUGUUGCAGAGACUUAAUCUACAGAAGCCAUCCGUGGAAACCACCAUGAUGUAUCAAGCCCAAAAUGUGUCUUUUAGCCUUUGUACUAAGGAGCAUUCCAUGGUAUGGUCCAUCUCACGACCCUCACCAGGUACCAAGAACCAUUGCCUUUUUGAAAUGGCCACCACCCCAGUUUGGAUCUGUUUAACUGUGCAAGGAAAUGCAGAAACAGCCUGCCUGCAGUGGAAGAAUGAAGAGAAUGACAUGCUGAAUGAGGUGACUGUGCAUCUGGAGGAUCGUUGCCAGUGUGGCUUGACACUUCUCAAUCUGCAGACUGCAAAUGUGACCUGUGACGGGGGGCUGGUAUACGUGAGAGGGAGCAUUCAGGCCCUGGAUGAAGAGCAACUGAACCAUAUCCGCCUUGCAUCCUGGGAAGCAACACCAGCAAAAGCUCAUCUGCACACCCGUGGAAGGCUCGCUUUUACAAACUGCAGUGAGACGAAAGCCAACCAGUUUGGAAACAAAGAUACAUCGGUUGGCUGGGAGAUCGCAGUGAUCAUUGGUGUGUUGCUGGUGACUGGGAUUGCGGUUGCUGCUGCAGUUUACUUAUACAGAAGAAGGAAUCCAAGGAACUACACCGCAAUCGAGCUCAGCUACCACGGGGAGGGAAGUUCCGACUUCUAGGACUCUGUAAAAAGCCGAAACGCUACCCGCCAUGUGCCUUCUUUACUGCACUUGUUCCACAUUCCUUCGGAUGCCUUGUUUUAAUGAGACUCUGACAUGCUGCCAUGGGCCUGCUGGGCAAUUGAAGUGAUGAACUGUCCAUUUUUUUUUUUUUUUUUUGUUUUUAAUACGUUGCAUGCAAAUUACUUUUUAUUUUGUUAAAGAAUAGUGCCUGGGGAGGGGAAACGCUGGUGGGGUGCAGGGUUGAGGGAGGGUGUCUGGAUGUUUUUUUUUUUAUUAUUAUUAUUUUUGCUAAUGUCAAAGUCCACUUAGCAAAAUACACAGGUUUUUAAAAUGUGCUGGCCACUGGUUUUAUUUUUGCACCCACUUGUUCCUUUUUUUUAAGCAAUAAAUGAUGGAUGAGAUGAGAUGAGUUCAUAUGAGUAAUAGUA